GGCCGGGGCCUUGUGGCAGCUUCCCGCGGCUGCGCGCUCAUGGCGUCCAGGCGUUCUAAGACCGCCGCUGGGCCUCCCCAAGUCCCCGGCUCUGGGGUAUGCAGUGCUCCCUCCUCGUGUGGCACCCAGGUCUGCUGCGAAGACCCUCACCAGGGUUCGGGUCUGGCUAAGGCCCCUGCAUUGGUGGAGGGUCCAGGCUCCCGCCUCCCGCGGAACGUACUCAGCGAGAGGGAGCGCAGGAAGCGGAUCUCGGUGAGCUGUGAGCGCCUGCGGGCCCUGCUGCCCCGGUUCGAUGGCCGGCGGGAGGACAUGGCCUCUGUCCUGGAGAUGUCGGUGCAGUUCCUCCGGCUGGCUGGCACCUUGGUGCCCGGCUGGGAGCAGCACGCUGAGACGCGGCACAAGUGGCAGAAGGAUGUUUUGCAGCUGGCCCUGGCGACACAGACCCCAGCAGGUGCCCCAGACCCUGGCAGGGGAGCACCCAGUGUAACCAUGCCACAGGCACCCCCAAGCUGUGUGGCCGCGGGUGUGAACGAGGGGGUGGCCAAGGUGCCGGACAGGCUGCCCGUCCUGUCUGAGCUUCCCAGCCUGGUCCCUGGGUCCCGAGGCCCGAGUCCCUCCAAGGCCCCAAGAAAGUCCCCACUGUGGCCUCCCCACUCACGGCAGCCACCCUCCCCCCUGGUGAGCGAAGAGCCUCUGAGCUGCCUGGGUCAGGCUGGGCCCUCAGCUCGGGGGGCCCACAUGGCCCCGACGCUGGACGCCAGGUCUGUGUCGGGAUGUGAUGUAGAAGACGGGGCGUCCUUUCUGCUGACUGCCAGUCCCGACUGGUGGCUGGGGUCUCUGGAGGGCCGAGGUGGCAGUGCCCCUUCUCGAGUCCCCACCAGGAGCAGCCCACUGGGCAGGGCAGAGCCAGGCUUCCUGGCAGAUCCUGAGCCCGGGUCCCAGGAGCCCCCAGAUGGUCCUCUGGAGCCGUGGGGCUCGGACGUGAGCUGCCCCAGCCUGGCCCUGCGGGACGAGGUGGACAGCAUCUUCCCGGACUUCUUUGCCUGCUGAGGGCCACUGGUGCUGGCCGCACACUUGGGCAUUUGAUUUUGGGCUUCAGCUGCAGCUGCGCUCUAAUUCGAGCGGGGCUGGAGGGGGUGGCUGCGGGGAGUGUUAAAGAGGGAAAGUGAUUUUCCUAGA